AUGUUCUCGUCAUUGCUUUCGCCGGCGUGGCUCGCCGUUGCGGGCACGCUGUUGACUGGCCUAACUGAAGCGCAGUAUUACAAAAUCGAUAGUGACGAUGCUAUCAAAACAUCUGCGCGAACAUUGGCCUACGACUUAAUGCUGUACUAUAAAGGAAACCAGUCCGGAGAAAUCCCCGGGAUCCUACCAGGUCCCCCAGCAGAUGGAAAAGGUCCAUAUUACUGGUGGGAAGGCGGUGCUAUGAUGGGUACUUACAUGGACUAUUGGAAGUUGACAGGCGACUCGAGCUACAACAGCGUCGUCAUGCAAGGAAUGUUGCAUCAGGUCGGCGAGAACAAGAACUACAUGCCCAGCAACCACACAAUGUCACUCGGAAACGAUGAUCAAGGAUUUUGGGGCAUGUCAGCCAUGUUGGCUGCCGAAAACAAGUUUCCCGAUCCCCCAGAGGAUAAACCGCAGUGGCUGGCGCUUGCGCAGGCUGUUUGGAAUACCCAGGCGGACCCUAGUCGAUACGACCAGACGUGCAACGGAGGCUUGAGAUGGCAAAUCCCCUUUUCUAACCAAGGAUAUGGAUACAAAAAUACGAUCGCUAAUGGAAUUUUCUUCAACAUGGGAGCUCGUCUUGCCCGAUACACUAAGAACGACACUUACGCCAAACGCGCAGAAAAAGCAUGGGAUUGGAUGAUUGGGGUCGGAUACAUAGAUUCAAAGACCUGGAACGCGUACGACGGUGCUCACGUGGACAAAAACUGUACGGAUGUCAACAAGGCUACCUUUUCGUAUAAUGCCGGAGUUUUGGUUCAAGGCGCAGCCUUCAUGUACAACUAUACUGACGGAGCUGCGAAGUGGAAGACUGCCCUCGACGGAUUGUUGGGCUCCAUGCUGAAAACCUUCUUCCCCAACGACAUCGCCUGGGAAGUGCCUUGCGAACAGAAAGGCGGAAAGUCAACCUGUACUCCAGACAUGUUGUCCUUCAAGGGAUAUAUUCACCGAUGGCUGGCAGUUACAACGCAGGUCGCACCAUACACCAAGGACAAGAUUUUACCCGUCCUGCGCAAAUCGACCGAGGCGGCUGUUAAGCAAUGCACAGGCGGCGCAACCCAACGCCAGUGCGGUUUCUACUGGAGUCUUGGGCAAUUUGUUGAUCCCGGGGCAGACAAGACGACAGGAGCCGGCGAGCAAAUGAAUGUACUAGCAGCGGUUUCAAGUCUGCUCAUCGGCAAUGCUGCGCCUCCAGUAACUAACGCGACUGGUGGCACAUCCAGGGGCAAUCCCAACGCCGGCGGCAAAGACAAUGGCGAACGGCCCCCGAAACCCAUUACCACCGCUGACAGAGCAGGUGCUGGUAUCAUAACCUUCUUGCUUCUUGGAGGUGCCACGGGAAUGUUUGUCUGGAUGAGUGGGUUUGAUUAG